CUGAGGACCGUGGCGAGCGCGGCAGCCCAGGCGGCCCACCACCUCGUACACACCUGGUCUGGGAUUCCUCACGAGGUCCGCACGCGCUCAAAAGACCUCUGCGUGCGCGGGCGCGGGCGCGGGCGCGGGCACGGGCGGGCGGCCGUUAGCGAGCGCGACACACUGGGUUUGGGGGCUCAGGGAUGCCGCGGCUCCUCCGCUUGGGUCUGCUGUGGCUCUGGCUCGUUCCUCUUCGGUUCUCCCAAGAGCAAAGCUACAGAAGCACAGCCAAGAAGCUGUGCGGCAGGCACCUGCUGGAAAGAAUAGUAAAACUCUGUGGGGAUGCUGACUGGAGCCACUUCGAGGAGAAUAUCCCUUUAAAAACACAGCUGAUUCCCCAGGCUUCGACGAAAGUUGAAAGCCUCAUCCCUGGCCAGUUGAAAAGCUCCCAAACCACUUCCCCAGCCUGGGGGAGAGGCACAAACGCAGUCUCUACUUCUGCCUCUCAGGAAGAAUUAAUAAACAAUGUGGAGAUGCAGUCACCUCCUGAGUAUCAAAAUAAAAAGGCCAACUUGCUACCUAAUAAGACAAGAAAAUUUGCCUCAUCACAAGAUAUUGAUUCAUAUGUUCAGGAGAUUAUAGAAUAUCAGAAGAAAAAUACAAACAAAAUUAAAACCUUAAGGAAAUUGAUUAGGGGGAAUCAUCUCCAAAGAAUACGCAGAGGAUACUCAGAAAAGUGUUGUCUUAAAGGAUGUACAAAAGAAGAACUCAUUAUUGCAUGCCUUCCAUAUAUUGAUUAUAAAAACUUAAAAAAAGAAGGAGCAUCAGUUGUGACUGAAAUAUACUAACCAUCAUAGGAAUUAUACUAAGUUAAUAAAAGCUUAAUAUGUUUAUUUUACUAUUUAUUUAUUUAUUUAGUUUUGGUAAUUGUCCUUGUAGGUUCUCUGCUGUGAACACCUGAAUGUACUUGCAAGCACUUGACAAUACUUUAUGCUGAUAAUAGGAAUCUCAGUCUUUUCUUUGUUGACCGCUAUUUUUCAUAAUUUUUAUAUUUGAAGAUGUUACUAGAGAUGAAUAGGCAUCUAAGAAUUACCUGUUCAUACAGUCAUUUUGGUAGAAAUUCUCUUAAGCUAUAUUUAAAUGGAUUAUGGAGUGUUCUGCAUUCCAUGUGUAUAAUAUCCAGAUUGAUGCCCAUGACUAUUAGGCUCAUUCCAGUAUACCAAUACAUCUGUACCACCAAUUUAAAAAUAACCAACACUCUUGUAACAUAGGUACACUUUUAAUUCCUUGAAUUUUGUUAUAAAACUCAGUAACUGGUAAGACAUUUUUUCAGUUUCCAUUGAGGACAUAAAAUGAGUAUAAUUCAUCUCUUUUGAUUAUGAAAUCUCUCUCCAAGAUAUUCUCUUUGCUUGGAAUAUGCUGAUAUAAUUAAUAUGACAAUGUAUUCCAUCUUGGUUUUUGUUUUCUUGGAUGGGCUUGAAUGAUAAAGCCCCUGACAAUGAUUCAGAAAGUGGUUUUGAAUUGGUUUAGGGCAAGGAUGGUAAAUGAGUUUUAUCGUAAAUGGAAACACCAAAUGAUUGCUUGUUUGCAGUUCAUUCGGUUUUUAAGUAAAAAUAAAAGACAAAUUUUCAUUUUCACCAGUAACUUUAUUGAACAACGUAGUCACUGUUUUGUCUCACUACCUUCUGCCAUCUUUCAGGUAACUUCAUAAUUCGGUCUUCCCAAAACUUUUUAUCUUUUGAGCAAAUAGUUCCAGGUACUUUUUGUAGUCUUCCAGGGAAUUGAAAUUAUCUUCCAUUAGGAGAAUUUUGUAAAGACCAAAAUAAAUGGAAAUCCGAAGGUAUAAUGUCUGGUGGUUACAGUGGAUGAAUCAGAAUGUCCCAGCCAAGCUAGCUUUUGCCUGGUCAUCAAAGAAACAUGUGGUCUUGUGUUAUCCUGAUAGAAGAUUAUGUGUUUUCUGUCAACUAAUUCCAGAUGCUUUU